AUGACGAUCUGUACUUAUAACGCACGCACGCUUGCAUCGGAAGCGGCCAUUGAAGAUCUGAUGGUGCAAGCCAAGAAGAUCAAGUACGACGAACAUGCGACAGUAGAGGUGUUGGUGGAGUUGGCGUCCUCGUCAACACAGUAUGGCACAGAACAUCGACUCUUUCGAACAACUCGACCGAAUCGGACGUCUGCGGAUGAAAGAUGUGGUCCCACAUCGGCUUUGACUAUCUUCGUCGCUUACGCUCAACAUCAAGCUACGAAGAAGAAGUCGAAGCUUUCUAUAUGGACCUGGAGAAGUUCUACGAGAAGAUCAUGCCUUUACAAGGUCAUAAUUGGCGACUUCAACGCCAAAGUUGGCCCAAGAAGAACGCCGGAGGAACUUCACAUCAGGACCCACGGCCUACAAUGGAAUGACCAGGGAGCUUUCCGAGUUCAUCAUGACGACUAA